GCCAAACAGCAGCAGGAGGAGAAAUGCAGCCGACAGUCCACAAGCCAGAGCGACCAGCUGAUCUGAAGGCAGCGACACAAAAAAAACCCCUCAAACAACAGAGAACAUGGCUUGGCAUUAACUAAAGCUGCUGUGUGACAUCACUGGCCUAUGUCUUUCUCUCAUGCCUUUUAAACAGACGUGUCAAGUGUCUUGUGUCAACACUCUUUAAUACCAGAGAUCAGUAAUGCAAGAGGUGGAGCACAUUGUGUGUCUGCGGAUCAAGAAUCACAGUAUUUCUGGAAAAACAACCGGUAUUUUUCUAUAAGGAAUAACUGCAGCCACCUGGAAGAAGCUGGAGUGCGUGAACAGUGCUGUCUUUGUGAAUCACCGGUUUCCCAUUUUGCCCAGAGGCUCUCACCGACUCUCCUGACAUCCCAUUGAGAGUAUAAGCUGUGGUUUCUGAAAGUCUGGUCACCCUACAUCUGGACACUACAGUCCCCCUGAGGUUUCCCAGAGCGAAGCGAGAGAGCACGGGUGCAGGAGAGGAAAGAAGUAAAGGAGGCGGGAGCUGUCUGGGCAGAAGGGAAGGAGACGAGAGGAGGAAGUGGGAGAUAUUUCACAAUGGAGGAAGAACAACGUCCUACAUCUGAGAUCUACCUCCCAAGCAUCAGUCUUGGAUCUGUUGACGCUGAAACAGUGGAUGACCAUGAGCUGCCAAUAAUUUCUUUAUCAAAAAGCUCAACCGAAAUGGUGAGCGGACCUCCUCAAAGAACGGAGUUGGCAUGGUUUCGCCAGAAUUUGCGCAAGAGCGUCAGCAGUGCAGCAUGCACUCAAAGACCUGUCAGUCUGGGUGGACCAGCGACAGGAGUUUUUGACCAUGAACAGGGGAGCAUUUGUAGUGGCAACAGCACACCUGAGACUGUAAUCUGGCAUGGAGGAACUGCAGGAUCUUGGAGUGUCAUGGAGGACUCGCCCAGAAGGACUCCAACACAAGAUCUAUUGCUGGGACAAAAUCAGGUCCACAGUGGUGUGAAGUGUGUACCACACUCUCCAGCCACAAAUAGGGAUUUAAGGAUGAAGGGUUUGGUGUGCAAGGAGGGAUGUUGUCGAUUUUGCGGACCUGCAGAGAACCUGACAGGAUGCAGCUGUUGCAGAGUGGCUUGUCAAAUGAGUUCUUCGGGUCUAAAUAACAGCUACACUCCACAGGGAGUGAAUACAGAAGAUCAUGUUCAGAGCAACUGUGAAAGCCAUCAUUUAACUGCAUGCCAUAGAUCUACCUGUUCUGGUCACAUGAUGAAUACUGCCUGUUUGAGAAACCCUUGCAGUGUUAUUCCAUGCCCUGGACAUUUGAUAUCACGGCCUCCUUGUGCAGGAAGCCCCUGUGCAGGACAAAGAUCAUUGCUCCAUUCAGGCUUGCUCGGUUUUCCACCACUCGUGUCCUCAGUCAGUGAGACCAGACUUGACAGCAGAAGUACAGUCCAUUGCUGUGGAUCUGAGUUAAGGGGGCAGAACUCCUCCUGCCUCAGACUAGAUCGUAAAGGCCAGACUAGUCUUAACAGGACAGUCAAAGAUGCCACUACCAUGACUUCUGACCAUCAGCUCAAAGAUGCGGGUGUGCAGACCAUUUCUGAUUCCCUUGUUUCCUCUCUUUCUCACGUGUUUCCUGAAAUUAGUUUGAGAGCGGAUCCUACCUCUGAAGCACAUUUGACCACAGAGCACAUGUGUCAUAGGACCCCUGUGAAAGAGGUGGAAUGGGAUGCUGAGGGUAUGACCUGGGAGGUGUAUGGUGCAGCUGUGGACCCUGAAGAGCUUGGCUUGGCAAUCCAAAAGCAUCUGGAACUUCAGAUCAAAGAGACUGCAGCCGCUGCAGCUGCGGCUGCUCAAACUGAAGACUCCACAGAUAACAUCAGCAACCUAGCACUGCAGUCCAGGCCUCGGAAGAAAAGCGAAGGCAUUAUAAGAACCCUACGUAGUUCAGCAUGUUGCUCUAACCCAAGUACUGUGGGCGACUGAAACAAUCAAUGUUGGGCCCCAGCUUGCCUUAUUGGUAUGUGGUGCCUGGUUUAGGUGUAAGGAAAAGAAGUACUUUUACCAUAAAGUGGAAAUGCACCCGAACAUAACAGACUAUUUGUCCUUUAAAUAACAUCUAAAUAUUUAAAAUAUUGUCUGGUUUGUUGACGCUAUAAAGGCUCCACAAUUGGAUUAGUAGUGUGGUGCAAGCUAAUGUUGCAAAGAGAUACCCAUUAAAAGUUUACAGAUUAUGGUGUUCCACCUUCACACAUGGCCUUGUCCCUGUCUUGACUUUUAAAGAACCUUCAAAAUUUAAUUUUUAACACACAAAGUAUAUCCAAAAUGUCUCUGGUUGCACUUGUUAUAUUUAGACAAGCAAACAGCAGGUUAAUGCUGGUAAACUAGUGGGAUAUUACAGAUACACUUAGAUGUCAUAAAGGGCUCCCUGGAGCAAGACUUGAGGGUGAGGUCUAGUUAGUCUAUGAAAUCCUCUAAUUAAUAUUACGAUCUAUUUUAUAGUUUUCAGGUUUAUUAUGUUGAUCUCUGUCUAGUCAAUUAUGAUACUGACACUAUAAAGCAGAAAACACAGUUUUUAUUUUUUCCUCAGUUGUUUGUAAUUGCAGAUUAAAUAUGGUUAAAGAAAACAACGUUCAUCUAUUUUGCGCAGUGAUUUUGAUGCAAAUGUGGAUUGGUCCAGUGAUGGUUUCUCCUGGUGAGUUAUAGUGGGCUCACGGCCAGAAUCAAUCCACAGAGCUAAAAUUAUGAAUGCUCCUGGGGUUUGUGGGUGUGUAAAGUAAGGUUCUUUUUGAACAUGAUGAUUAGCAAAUAUAGACUCAAGGUCAAUGUGCCUGCACUUUUAUAAUACAUUAUGAGCUAAAUCUAAGCCUCAGUUCUAUGUUGAGGAACAAUCUCAAUUAGUGUUAAAUGGUAAAGCAUGUGUACUUUUGGUACCAAAAUCUGAAUUGAUCUACUCCACUCUUUUUCAAUUUAAACAUUGAGGUUGCCUCCUAUUCCGAACCAAUCUUUGGAUGAAAUGACAAUAUAUCUCAAUUUCAAGCCAUUUUACAUGU